GAGCGACGGGCGCAAAGCCUAGCAUACUUUUGGGCCUGCCCCAAUAACUCAAAACGCCGCCCAAGGACGACGAGUCCGAACCCAAAAACCGAAGAGCGGAAAAAGUAAAGCCGCAGACGGGCGGAAAGAGCGAGAAGCGAAAAGCCAGCCCCAAGGCAACUGCAGCUGGAAUUAACACAAAAGCUUCUUUAAAGUAAAUCAAGUUCCUGGCAAGCGGACUUAAAUAUCCAAAGAUAGAGGUGCUCAAGCCAUAGAUAAAAAUAUGUCGACACACUGGUUAAUUUUUGUGGGCAUUUCGUGUCUGCUAGCAGGCUGCACGGAGGGCGCCUCGAAGCGCUUCUUCACCGACUUCCUGCAGGACCUGCCGACGCCCGGAACCGGAGGACCGACCUUCGACACGACCAUCGGCACCAACAUCACGGGACUCGUGGGCAAGACGGUGAAGCUGACCUGCCGCGUCAAGAAUUUGGGCAAUCGCACGGUGUCCUGGGUGCGGCACAGGGAUAUACACCUGCUGACCGUGGGCCGCUACACGUACACCUCCGACCAGCGCUUCGAGGCCAUGCACUCGCCCCACGCCGAGGACUGGACAUUGCGUAUACGCUACGCGCAGCGCAAGGACUCCGGGAUAUACGAGUGCCAGAUAUCGACCACGCCCCCUAUUGGACACUCCGUGUACCUCAACAUCGUUGAGCCCGUCACCGACAUCAUCGGCGGCCCCGAGCUGCACAUCAACCGGGGAUCCACCAUCAAUCUGACUUGCAUUGUGAAAUUCGCACCGGAACCGCCGCCGACCGUCACUUGGUCGCACAACCGCGAGAUCAUAAAUUUCGAUUCUCCUCGCGGCGGCAUAUCAUUAGUCACCGAGAAAGGUGUGCUGACCACCAGCCGGCUCCUCGUGCAGAAGGCCAUCACCCAGGACUCGGGCCUCUACACAUGCACCCCCUCCAACGCCAAUCCGAGCACAGUGCGCGUGCAUAUCGUCGAUGGCGAGCAUCCGGCGGCCAUGCACACGGGCAACAACAACAACAACAACUCGACGGCGUCCCAGCCGCCGGUGCUGCUGCCCCUGGUCCUUCUCACCUGCGGCACGCUGAUGCUGCUGCAGCUGGUGGCCUGCUGCUCCGCCCUCGUGACCGCCGUCGCCCUCGUCCCCUCCGCGGACACGCCCCCCCACCAUCCACCGACCAGCAGCCCAUCGAGAGGACAAAGCCAACAGGAUCAUCAGCUUCGAGGGGAGGAUAUUAAAAGGGAGGGAUCCACAGAUCUGUGCCGCAGAUUCGAGAGCUUCGAGAGCUUCGGGAGGAGCGCGGUGCCCGGGACAUAGCUUUUCGGAGGAUCGGGAACCGGAAACGGAAACGCUGUCGAAUUGCCAACAGGAAUCGCAUUUUAG